AACAAAUCCUCAUCAUCGCAACGACGAGAUCGGCAUUGUAUCGCCGAUAGCCGAAGAGUUUAGUCCUGUUUAACUGAUAAAAGUGUCCCUUGUUCAUUCCCCAUUCAAUUGCAAAUGGUGCCCUGAUUUUCUAUUGUUUCGAUUGAAAAACAUCGAUGCAUUUAGAGAUCUGAUCUCACCUGUCGCAAGGCUUAAAAAUAAGCUUCACUUUUUUUGUUUGGCGAUAAUCGUGAUAAUUAAGUGAAUGGUUUUCAAAUAAGCUAAUGCUUUUGAGGGUGAAUGCAUGCAAUCAAAAUGCAUAAUCAAGCUAUAUUCCUGGCGUUCCUGGUGGUCUACGUGGUGGUCACCAUGGUCCUGUUCCACUUCGUCUAUCAGGCCUCGCAACUGGUGGUCGACGAGGAGUUUCAUCUGAUACAAGGUGAACAUUACUGCAGAGGCCGUUUUGGGGUGUGGGACAACAAAAUCACCACCUUCCCGGGACUUUACCUCGUUUCGGCCGGUUUCCUGGGACCGUAUCGGCUGUGUUCGGUGUUCGCCCUUCGGAUGACAUCGGUCGUGGCCUCAAUCGCGAAUGCCUAUCUGAUCUUCAUCAUACGGAAGGUGGUUGCCAUCAAUCGGGGAACCGCUUAUCUGAUGCUGGAAUCGAUUUCGUUGGCCACCCUGCCCCCGUUGUACUUUUUCUCGCAUCUCUACUACACCGAUGUCAUAUCCGUAACGAUGGUGCUGAUGAUGGUGUAUCUGAAUCUGCGCGCCAAAUACCACUGGGCAGCGCUUUCGGCUGGGCUGGCCAUCAUGAUGCGACAGACCAACGUGAUCUGGGUCGGGUUCGUGUUGGGCUGUCAGUUAACAAAUGUUACUCUGUAUUACUGCCUGGAGGCUGACCGGAGACCGCAGCGUUCCAAGCAACGUGUUCGCCACUACACAUUGAUGGACCUCUGGACCUGUGUGAAGAUCAUGAUCGGUCAACCGAAAAUUAUCGUUGAAGUUUUUAAGCACGCAUCGCUCAAGUUUCCCGGUUACGAGCUAAAUCUGCUAGGAUUCUUGGUGUUCUUGUUCACGAACGGAUCGAUCGUUGUUGGUGAUCGGACGGCUCACCAGGCUGCUAUACAUUUGCCACAGAUUCUCUACUUCACGCUGUUCUUCGCGGCCUUCAGCAGUUCGCACGUAGCGAUAAUGCUGCAUCGGACCUUGCGGUUCAUGCUAAAACGUUGGUACGUAACAAUCCUAUGCCUGGCAGCCAUCGGAGCGAUUGUCCAUUACAACACGAUCGUACAUCCGUACAUGUUGGCCGACAAUCGUCACUACACGUUCUACAUCUGGAACCGGUUCUACGGGCGCUACUGGUGGGCUCGAUACGCCCCUGUCCCCCUCUACUAUUGCCUGCUAGUCAUGGUCGGAUUGAUGGUUUUCUCCAAAUCCACCGGAACACAAAUUGGGCAGCAGAGUCACAUAAUCGGAUUCAAAAUCUUCUGGAUUGUGGCCCUGCUGGCUUCGGUUGGAUUGCAACAGCUGAUUGAGGUGCGUUACUUUAUCGUCCCCUUCCUGAUACUGAGACUGAUUCAAAAUAGCAUUAAGACCAAUGUGCCCCUGUUGGCGUUCGAGCUGGCGGUCAAUCUGAUCAUCAACGCGGUUACGUUCUACAUUUUCUUUACGAAAGAGAUCUUUUGGACCGAGUAUCAUGAUCCGCAGCGGAUCAUUUGGUGAUGAACGUGAAAAAGUGUGUCCUUUAUUCGUUUUUAGUUUAUUGUAAUGCUUACUUACUGGUUAGAAAUAAAAUUUCGAUUCGUUUUUAGUUUAUGUGAACAUUA